UUGUAUCAGUACCUAUACUUGUUUGUAUCAGUACCUAUACUCUGUCAACCUGUCAACACAUUCAUUAUCAUCACCCGACAGAAUGAAGAAAUCUUUUAAUUUUCGAAAGAAAAGCCAUCGAACCACUGCAAACAGUGGCAAACACAAAAGGCUAGCGGAAAAUCUUGCAGAUCUAGCGAUUAGUUCAACAGACAGCUCCGGUGAAGAAGAUACCAAUGAGAGUUCUUCCACUGAUUAUAUACCGGAGAAUAAAUUCGACGUUGGAAAACCACCCAAUUUCCCAGUCAGUAUGUGGGAUUUGAAUCAUUGUGAUCCCAAAAAAUGUUCCGGUAGAAAACUUGCACGGCAUAGAAUGAUUAACAACUUACGGUUAGGACAGAAAUUUCCAGGAUUAGUUCUAACUCCGGUUGGUAUCAACUGCGUGAGUCCUUUAGACAAAACCAUCAUAGAAAACUCCGGAAUCGCUGUUGUAGAUUGUUCAUGGGCUCGACUUGCUGAAACACCUUUCAACAAAAUGAAGUCUCCUAAUCCCCGUCUAUUACCCUUUCUUGUCGCUGCUAAUCCAAUUAACUACGGUAAACCCUGCAAGUUGUCGUGCGUAGAAGCGAUAGCCGCUUCCAUGUACAUUACCGGAUACAAAGAAGAAGCCAUGUGGUAUCUGAGUAAGUUUUCAUGGGGACAUUCAUUCUUAGAGCUGAAUGCUGAGCUACUAGAUCUGUAUUCGGCCUGCCAAAGUAGUAAGGAGAUUCUUGAGGUGCAGAAUGAAUAUUUGGAAAAGGCUAAAGACGAACAAAUUAGUAGAAAUCGUGAUUUAGAUCUACCUCCCAGUGAAAGUGAUAGUAGUGAAUAAAUGUUUUUUUUUUCAAGUAAUUAUUCAUUAGAAAAACUUCA